UUCUUUGAAUUUUCUCUGCAAGUUUCAGAAACCGCUCUUCGUCGCCAUGGCCAGACUCGCUCUCGCUCUCGCCCUCUCCUUCACCCUUGUCUGCUUCUUCUUCGCCUUCUCUCAUGCUACCUUUCCCUUAGAUCCUGCCCUAGACGACGUCGUCGAAAAAGACUUGCCCGGAUCGGCAUCGGACUCGGACUCCAAGGUCUCCAAUAAUAUCUUCCUACCCAGCCAGAAACCCGACUCCGACCCGGAUGCUAUUAAAACCCAAACACUCGUCGUAUCCGAGCAGCUCCAGGAUGAUCCCAAGCUGACCGUCAUCUCUUUCCGUCCAAUCAACGACCGCCACUUUCCCAGGCGUCCGUUUCCGUUGACUUUCCGUCACGGCCACGGCCGCCGCUGCGGCCACCAUCACCAUCGGUUGAGGCGAUCGGAUCCGAUCGUGCGAUCCUACGGAAACGACAUGAUCAUGUCCGACGACGUGAGCUCCGAGCCCGCGCUCAGAGGUGGAGUCCGCCACCAGAUCCCUACCCGGUUGACUGAGUUUCACCGCGUCGAACCAAGUUUCGAAUUCGGCCAAGACCUAACCGAGCUUCCCCACCACCACCACCACCACCACGACCAUGGUCACCACCACCAUGACCACGAAGAUGAAGCUGAGCAUGAGGAGAGAGAACACCACCAUCGUCACGGCGGUGGUUUUCUGAGGAGUUUCCGUAAGUUUCUGAACCACCUUUGAAUCCAUGGUUGAGAAAUAAAGAACCAAUAUAGGUGACUCUUACGUUUUACUUUCCAGUCUUUUCUUAUCCUUAUAUGAGACUACUUGUGUUUUGUAUAUUAAAAAGCAUCCAUUAGUGAUGUAGAAGAAUCUGCUAUUACACAUAUCAUUAUUAUGAUAAACUCGUUUGUUGUGUUUGGGAAUUGUUUUCUUUAUUUCUUGUAUGAAAAUGAAUAAAUGGACGUUUUUAGAA